UUAACCCGCGAGUAAAAAGUAGCGGUUAUGUUCAAAUUGAAUUUCAAAUUUCUUAAUUUGUCUUAUUACUCUCAAACCAAGCGCUUUGAAUUACAUCGUUUUGUCUACAAUGUUGCAAGUAACACUCGUUCUACCUUUGAAUUGAACCGGGUAUUGAAUGAUUUGUCUAAAUCGGGUCGAAUCGAUGAAGCAAGAGAACUGUUUGACAAAAUGUCUGAUAGAGAUGAAUUUACCUGGAACACAAUGAUUGCUGGUUAUGCCAAUUCAGGAAGAUUAACCGAAGCUAAAAAUCUAUUUAAUGACACCCCAUUAAAGAAAUCCGUCACUUGGUCUUCUCUCAUUUCUGGGUAUUGUCAAUACGGAUGUGAUAUUAAAGCAUUUGAAUUCUUCUGGAAAAUGCUGAUUGAGGGACAAAAGCCUAGCCAGUACACAAUGGGUAGUGUUCUUAGGUUAUGCUCUUCAAAGGGUUUGCUUCAAAGAGGAGAGCAGAUUCAUGGGUAUGUUAUAAAGACUUGUUUUGACUCUAAUGUUUUUGUUGUUACUGGUCUUGUUGACAUGUAUGCGAAGUGCAAGUGCAUUUUGGAAGCCGAGUGUCUCUUUAAAAUGAUGCCUGAAGGGAAAAAUCAUGUGACCUGGACAACCAUGGUAACUGGGUAUUCUCAAAACGGUUAUGGGUUCAAAGCAAUUGAGUGUUUCCGGGACAUGAAAGCUGAAGGAGUUGAGUGUAAUCAAUACACUUUCCCUAGUAUAUUGACUGCUUGUGCAGCUGUUUCAGCCUGUGAAUUUGGAGGACAGGUGCAUGUGUGUAUAGUUAAGAGUGGUUUUGGAGCUAACAUUUUUGUUCAGAGUGCAUUGGUUGAUAUGUAUGCUAAAUGUAGGGAUUUGAAUAGCGCAAGAAAGUUGUUAGUGGGCAUGGACGUUGAUGAUGUGGUUUCUUGGAAUUCCAUGAUAGUUGGGUGCGUGAAGCAGGGGUUCCAACAGGAAGCUCUAUCUUUGUUCAAGAAAAUGCAUUCAAGAGAAAUGAAGAUUGAUGAUUUCACUUUCCCUUCUGUUUUAAACUGUUUUGCCUCCAAUAUGGAUAAGCAAAAUGCAGUGUCUGUCCAUUGUUUGAUCGUGAAAACCGGAUUUGAGGAUUACAAGCUGGUGAAAAAUGCACUUCUUGACAUGUAUGCUAAGUUGAGGAGAUUAGAUUGUGCGGUUAAGUUGUUUAACCAUAUGCACAACAAGGAUGUAAUCUCCUGGACAUCCUUGGUCACAGGAUAUGCACACAAUGGCUAUUAUGAAGAAGCCCUCAAAUAUUUCUGUGACAUGAAAAUCACAGGUAUUUGUCCAGAUGAAAUUGUUGUUGCCAGCAUUUUGAGUUCUUGUGGAGAACUGACAGUUUUGGAAUUUGGGAGACAAGUUCAUGCUACCUUUCUGAAAUCUGGCCUUGGAUCUUCUUUAUCUGUGGAUAAUUCCCUUGUAAUGAUGUAUGCUAAGUGUGGAUGCAUAGAAGAUGCCAAUCGUGUAUUUGACUCUAUGAAAGUUCGGGAUGUUAUUACUUGGACAGCUCUAAUAGUUGGUUAUGCACAAAAUGGAAAAGGAAAGGAUUCCUUACAAUUUUAUCAUCAGAUGCUUGCUAGUGGCACAAAGCCAGACUUCAUUACUUUUAUUGGCUUACUAUUUGCUUGCAGCCAUGCUGGUCUAGUGGAUAAUGCCCGGCAAUAUUUUGAGUCAAUGGAAAAUGUUUAUGGUAUCAGACCAGGUCCCGAACACUACGCAUGCAUGAUUGAUCUCUUGGGGCGGUCAGGUAAACUCGAUGAAGCCAAGGAAUUACUUGAUCAGAUGGUUGUAGAACCGGAUGCAACUGUAUGGAAGGCACUCCUAUCUGCAUGUAGAGUACAUGGGAACUUGGAAUUGGGAGAGAGAGCAGCAAGAAAACUCUUUCAAUUAGAACCCAUGAAUGCUAUGCCAUAUGUUCUGUUAUCUAAUAUGUAUUCAGCAGCAGGUAAAUGGGACGAUGCUGCAAAAAUUCGAAAGUUAAUGAAAUCAAAGGGAAUAACUAAGGAACCAGGGUGUAGUUGGGUUGAAAUGAACAGCCGAGUGCACACCUUCACAUCGGAAGAUAGAGACCAUACAAUGACAGCUCAGAUUUAUUCCAAGAUUGAUGAGAUCAUGUUAUUGAUCAAGGAAGCUGGUUAUGUGCCAGACAUGAAUUUUGCACUUCAUGAUAUGGAUAAAGAGAGCAAGGAGCUUGGUUUGGCAUAUCACAGUGAAAAGUUGGCCAUUGCUUUUGCACUUCUGACAGUACCUCAGGGAGUACCAAUUCGUAUAUUUAAGAAUCUCCGGGUUUGUGGUGAUUGCCAUACUGCAAUGAAAUACAUAUCAGGAGUUUAUCUUCGGCACAUUAUCUUGAGGGAUUCAAACCGUUUUCACCAUUUCCAAGAAGGAAAAUGUUCGUGUGGAGACUAUUGGUAGAAAAUAAAUCUUGUUCCACAAAGCAUUUAAUGUGUUAGUUUCUCUUCAAGAGACGCGAAAUCAGAUGCCGGCUCAGUGGCUGUCAAUGGUUCUGCAAAUUUUUUCAAAAUUCAGCGGCAUUUCAAAGCUUUAGAAUUUCUCAUGAUAAGAAACAUGUACAUUCUUUCUGUUUCUUCUUUAU